UGUCAGCUGUUUUUGUGUUUUGCAGAAAUUUAUUUAUUUGUUAAAAUUGUUCCUUUUUGUGUUGUUUUGUUGUUUGUUCCAUAAAAAUGGCAGAGUUUUUGGCCGAGAACAAUGCUUGUGGCCAAAAUCUGCUUUAUAUUGUAUCAAUGGGUAACUCCAUAAUAGCAGAAGUUUUGCGUCUCAAAGAUUACAUUCCAGACAUAUUCCGAUUGGAAUCAAAAUCGGAUCAAGAAAAAUAUGCCGAAGUCAUAAUGGACUUCAGUUAUCUUAAAAUAGCUGAGGCCCAAGAUUUGAAAAUAGAAAAUGAUCCCGCCCUACAAGAUUUGGAUGAGGAAAUCCGUGAAAACUAUUUAGAACUACUGACUCGUUUUUAUUUAGCCUUUGAAAGCACCCAUCAGUAUGCCAAAGAUUUGCAACAAUUCAUAGAUGAGCUUAAUCGAGGGUAUUACAUUCAACAAACACUGGAGACUGUGUUGCAAGAUGAAGAAGGCAAGCAAUUGAUGUGCGAAGCCCUCUACAUCUUCGGUGUAAUUCUCCUUAUUUUGGAUUUUCACAUACCUGGUGUGGUGAGAGAGAGAAUUUUAAUCUCUUACUAUCGCUAUAGUGGUUCUAAAUCGCAUAGCGAUAGCAAUAUAGAUGAUGUUUGCAUGUUGCUGCGUUCCACAGGAUAUGUGGCCAAUGUUACGAGUGCGAAAACAACCAAAGAUUCUGCCACGAAUUAUCCUGAGGCCUAUUUUGGACGCUUCAAGUUCGAUGAAAAUUUUAUUGAUAUGGUCAUGGGACGUUUGCGUUGCGAUGAUAUUUACAACCAACUAACAAUUUAUCCACAUCCCGAUCAUAGAUCCACUGCCCUUUCCACCCAGGCUGCAAUGCUGUAUGUUUGUCUCUAUUUUUCUCCAAAAAUUCUACACUCCCAGGUGGCUCAAAUGCGCGAAAUUGUGGAUAAAUUCUUUUCGGACAAUUGGGUCGUCUCCAUUUAUAUGGGCAUAACAGUAAACCUGGUUGAUGCCUGGGAUCAAUUUAAAGCCGCCAAGGCGGCAUUAUCUGUUGUAGAGACCACCACAAUUAAAGGUCAUUGUUUGUUGCGUAGGGAAAAAAUGGAGAAAAUUCUAAAACAAUCCCAAGAAAUACUUAGAGAUGGUAUCUUAACGGACUUUUUUGUGCUGCAAAAUAUUUCCAAAAUUAUUAAUCUUAUACGGCAAUGUAAUGUUCUGCUUCGUUGGUAUUUUACUCAUGCUUCCAAGGCCAUCUAUGAGAUAUCCAAAGUUGCAGUCAAACAGAAGGUAGAUAAUAUAACAGCAUUGGUGCGUCAAGAACUGGCUUAUAAAGAAGCUGAUUUAUUUCGACUGUUGCUUAAUUGUUCCCAGUUGGAGUUGGAAGUAAAGGAGAUUCUACGAACGUUGAUGCAAGAAAAAUCCACCAGAUGGAAUGAUUUCAAAAAGGAAGCUUUAGAUCGUGUUAGUGAACUGAGCGAAGCCUUUUCGGGUACCCGCCCUCUAUCGAAAAUUGAAAGUAAUCCACAGCUAAAAUUGUGGUUUGCUGAUAUAUGCAAAGAAAUUGAAAAUCUCAACUGUGAUAAUGUUAAUGUGUCCGGUCGUAUGUUGAUACAACUAAUACAGGCCUUAGAGGAAGUUGAAGAAUUUCACAACUUACAAUCCAAUAUGCAAGUCAAACAAUAUCUAAUGGAAACCAGGGAGUAUUUGACUCGUAUGAUACAGAUAAUCAAUGUCAAAGAAGAUAUUCUCAUAAAUAUUCAACUAAUAAGCGAUCUUAGUUAUGCAUGGCAUCUUAUAGAUCGUGAUUUCACCCCCAUUAUGCAAGAUUCCAUAAAGAAACAACCCAAAUCUGUGAUACAUCUACGGGCGGCAUUUCUAAAAUUGGCUAGCGCUUUAGAAAUUCCCUUGAUGCGUAUAAAUCAGGCCAAAUCGGAAGAUCUUGUUUCGGUCUCCAACUACUACAGCACUGAGCUCGCAAAUUACAUGCGGAAGGUGCUGCAAAUAAUACCCGAGACCAUGUUCAAUCUUAUGGCUCGAAUUAUUCAAUUACAAACUGAUGUUCUCAAAGAGCUGCCUACACGCUUGGAAAAAGAGAAACUCAAAGAAUAUGCCCAAUUUGAAGAUCGUUACACGGUGGCCAAAUUAACCUAUUCCAUAUCGGUGUUCACCGAAGGCAUACUCAUGAUGAAGAAAACUUUGGUUGGUGUCAUUGAAUUAGACCCAAAACAACUGCUUGAAGAUGGCAUUCGCAAGGAAUUGGUAAAACAUUUAGCCAACGCCUAUAAUCUGGGUCUAAUUUUUUCACCAAGCGGCAAACAAAAACAAAAUCCCACUGCAGAACUAGAAACUAAACUAGAGCAAUUGGCCAAGACAAUGGAUGGCUAUCGUAGAUCCUUCGAGUAUAUACAAGACUAUCUUAAUGUUCAUGGCUUGAAAAUAUUGCAAGAAGAGGGCAACAGAGUCAUCAAUUACAACGUGGAAAGAGAAUGCAAUGCCUUUCUGCGCAAUAAGAUCCAGUCCUGGCAAUCAAAAUUCCAAUCAACUACCAUACCAAUACCUACAUUUCCACCACUACAAGGUGAUUGUUCCAAGUCAAAUAAUUUCAUUGGACGCCUAGCCUAUGAGAUACUUCAAUGCACUGAUCCACACAAUACCAUCUACUUGGAUUUGAAAGCCACCUGGUAUGACAAAAAGCCCCCCCAUAAGGAAGUUUUGGAUUGUCGUUUCUUUUACAAAAUGCGUGAAGCCAUAGGUCCCGCAGGCUUAGUGGGGUUAGAUCGCCUCUAUACUUAUAUGUUUGCUAACGAUUUGAAAAAGAAUAUGGAAAAACUACAGCACAAUAUUGAAAAUGACAAAAUGUGGUCUUCCACUUUGUCACAAUUGACCGUAGAGCUGGAAUCGAAAGAGUUUCCCGGAGCAUAUGCCGCAAACCCUGCAAAAUUUUAUGCCACUUACCAUCAGCGUUGGCUUAAAGUUUGGCCAACAAUGGUCGAUUGGAUAUUAGAAUUGGGCCAUAAGCAAAUAUUGAGACAGCAUUUGGCAUUUGAACUCAAUCGCAGUAGUAAAGUGAAUGCUAAGAAUUUGGAAUCAGCUUUAGAGACAUUUAAUAGAUCUUUGUUGAAUGAGUUGGAAAACAAAGAAACUCAGCAAAAAUUCAAAGAUACUACUUUGCUGGUCGACAUUAAAGAGUAUUUAAUGUACACCGGGACCUACGAACCGCUGGAGGAAGUGUUUGUGCUGACUAAAAACUCGCAUAAUAUUUCCCUAUUCUUUUCCCUUUUUGUGAUGGCCCAUAUAUCACAUUUUCAAUUUUCACAACAAAUACAAAGUCUUGCUGUGAAAACAAACAAAGAUCCUCUCGAUGCGGGACCUCUUAUGAUGGGCCUUUUAACAAUAUUGCAGCAAUUUCAUAAAGAUGUGAAAAUGAUUUUGAUAACCUACCUGUGUCAAUAUGUAGCAGUAUUAGUCGAAUCCAACUUGGGUGCGAAACAUGAACUGUGUUCAGAUGUUAUUACUACGUUACAUUUUUUGGAAAAUUUUGUUCGUAAAUCACAUUUACCACGUUCUGUGUUGACCGAUCGUCUGCCCGUCAUUAUAUUGAAUCAGUAUGAGUAUUUGGGGUUAAAUGUGAAGAGUUAAUGUUUUCUUAUGUAUUUUUACGUACACACGAGUUUAUUAAACAUAAUCGAUAAAGAUAGAACAAAUGCAUUCUAAAA